AUGGACAAUCACCCACUGAAUGGUGCGGUGGAGUGCGGGUGCGGACAUCUAUUCUGCGCCGACUGUAUGGCCGGCUAUUUGUCUAAUGCCAUCAGCGAGGGUAAUGUCGAGGGCAUAAAGUGUCCUGAUCAAUCGUGUCAAACGGUUGCCCCAGAAGCCCUGGUCAGGUAUAUGGUGUCAGACGCGGUGUACGCCCGAUAUGACUAUCUAUUAUUGGUGGCGGCCGUGAGGGAUAUGCUUGAUGUGUAUUACUGCCCGAACCAAGGGUGCAUGAGCUUGGCAGUUGUGGAUAUUAAUAGUGCUACCUGUCCCAAAUGUGGAUUCCGGUUCUGUACAAAUUGCAAUAAGCCGUACCACAAUAACACCGACUGUGACCUAACUGAGCAAGAGCAACAUAAUGCUAUAAUAUCUCAUAAUGAUAGGAUUAUUGUCGGUCGCAUUGCCAAUGAGGACAAUCUAAAUCACAGGGCUAUAGAGGCUAUUGAGGCGGAGGACAGGCAGUGGUUGGAGACUAUCCGUAGAGAACAGGAAGAGAUCCGUCGCGCGGAACAGCUCUACGAAGAGCAGAGACGGGCCGAUGAGGAGCGCAGGGCUGAGGAGGAGAGACGGGUUAGGGAGCAGAGGGAACGGGAGGAGAGGGAGCAAAGGGAACGGGAGAUUGUGGCCCAACAGGAGGCCGAGAGACAGAGACUUGAGAGGGAGCGCCAGGAAGAGCGCCGUAAACAGGAGCUGAAAUCCGAUGCUAUGGUGAAUAAGACUACCCAACCAUGUCCAGGGUGUAAACGGCCUAUUGAG